AUGAUAUGUAAAUACCUCCUACCAUCAGUGAUAAAAUGGCCAAACUCUGAACCUAGAAAUGCUGAAAUUGAGCAUGGAUUUAGGAGUUUAAAAGGCUUUCCGGGUGUAAUAGGUGCCAUCGACAGCAGUCAUAUUCCUAUCCGCACUCCCAAAGAACAUUCUGAAAGCUACAUUAACCGAAAAGGUUUUCCAUCUAUCAUUUUGCAAGCAGUUUGUGACAGUAAUCUGAACUUUACAGAUGUCUAUUGUGGUUGGCCUGGCUCUGUGCACGAUGCCCGAGUACUGAAAAACUCGCCGCUAUUCCUGGAAACUGAAACUGAUCAAAACAAAAAGUUUCCUGGCAAUACCCAUUUAAUUGGAGAUUCGGCCUAUGGAUUAAGCUCUUGGUUGGUGGUUCCUUUCAAAGAUUAUGGAAAUCUUAAUGAAAAAUCAAGAAGGUUUAAUUACAUACAUAGUUCAACCCGGAUGUGCAUUGAGCGUGCAUUUGGUGCAUUAAAAGGACGUUUUCGGCGGUUGAAAUAUGUUGACUUGCUCGAAAUUGACAAGAUCGUGAACAUGAUCCUUAGGUGUUGUGCCUUGCAUCAACUUUGCCUCUAUAACCUUGAAGAUGUAAAGGAGUAUCUUCGGGAAGGUCUCGAACUCAAUGAAGAAGUCAACAACUACCAGGAUUUCAUGCCAAGUUGCAAGUCAGCUGAAAUUAAAAGGGAUCACAUCAAAGAGCUCUUGGAUAAAUGA